AUGCCGCCGAAGAAUCAGCGACGUUCUCAUACUAAAAGCAAGAAUGGGUGCUCUCAGUGCAAGGUCCGGCGCAUCAAGUGCAAUGAGAGUCAUCCGGUCUGCAACAAUUGCGAGCGCCGCCAGAUCAUCUGCGACUUUUCUCUGACUCCCGGGGCAAGCAACUCACCGAGCAAUGAGACACGAACGCACUCGAGCCAAGCGGGCUCUGUCAGCAGCGGACUGCAACGUACGCCAACACAGCCGGUGGUGGAUCCCUUCCGGCAACCCGACCUUGUUAGCAGCAAGAAGGCGACGGACUUGGACGUGACUGAUCUGCGAUUGAUGCACCAUUUUACGAGUGUGGUUGCCCUUGACCUGGCCAACGCGCAAACUCCCGAAGCGCAAGCGCUGUGGCAGGUACAUGCAGUGAAGUUGGGGUUGAAGCACGAAUUCCUCCUCAGAGGCAUCCUCGCCGUCUCGGCUUUUCAUCUCGCCUACCUUUAUCCUGAGAGAAAGGCUGAAUACGAACUCAUUGGGACGAGGCAUCAGAGUCUUGGGCUAACAGAGUUUCAAGAGACCCUGGCGCAUGUCGACGAAACAAACUGCCAUGCACUCUUCGCCUUCUCAUGCUUGCUUAUUGUGCUGGCCUUUGCAUCCAGUGCAAAGGAAAAGCCAGAGGAUUUCACGCGCGACGUGCUCCAUUGGUUCUAUCUGCUGAGGGGUGCGAACAUCGUGCUCAACAUGCACCAUGAGACAAUACGGUGCAGCUUCCUCAAGCCGCUUUUGGAUGAGAUGGCUCACAUGGAGACCACAGCCGCCUACAGAUUUCCGGACACAGACCAGAUAACGAAGCUCUUUCGAGUGUGCAAUUCACCCGAGCACGAUAAGGAGACUGCUCAAGCUAUUGAUCUCGCAAUUCACUCUCUUCUCAGCACUUUCGUUCAAGCCUCGUUGCUGAAGACUAGGGGGGAUGGAACAGUCCUGGCAACGUUUGUUUGGCCCAUAAAUCUACCACCGAGAUUUCUCGAUCUCCUCAGCGAGAAACAACCUGAGGCUAUGGUCAUCCUCGCACAUUACUGCGUUCUCAUCCAUUGGGGGGAGAGCAUCAAAGAAGACACUUGGUUCAUUAGCGGAUGGGCGGAAUAUAUGCUCGAAACAAUCACAGAGUCGAUACCCGACGUCUGGCACGAGCAGCUCGAGUGGCCGGCCAUGAUGAUCACGAGGGCAGAGGAGCAACCCAGCGGUGAGCUGACGCCGGUAGCCCACAACCGCUCUCUGACAUCGAUGGGCAGUUGA